AUGCCGAAUGGUUCAUCAUUUGGAUCUUCUUUUCACAGUUCACAACGAACGUCUGGCCCACAACAAAGCACUUGGAGAGUUCUAUCGACGAAAAUGAAUACACAAGUUGAUCAAGUUUCUAAACCGCCACGAUUAUCAGAGACACAGAAAAGUCUUUGGAGAUCUGCAUCAACCAAUACCAAUAAACAUAUUGAUCAAUCAUCGGAACCAGUGCGAAUAUCCGAUGUACAACAAAGUAUUUGGACAAUGCAAUCAAUGAAAAGUAAUAUAGAUGUUGAUCAAGCAGCUAGACCAUCACAAGUAUCUGAAGGGCAACAAAGUGUAUGGAAACUUUCAUCAACAAAAACAAACGCAUGGGAAGGAGUCAAUGGAUCAACAAUGAAAUUACCUAAGGACGCUUUGUCGCCCAGUAAAACAAUAGAAUUUAUGGGACGUAUUGCAGGUGAUCUAUUUUCAUCGUCACGAGCACCUUGUUAUGUUGGUUUGGGCAUAGGUUUGUUAGCUGCUGGCAUUGCUUUAGCAGUUGUUCUAACAAUGUGGCUACAUACAGGAUCAAAUAUCACAACAACUACAAGUACCACUACAACGUCAACUACAACAGCAACAACAAGCACAAGUACCUCUACAACAACAAGUACGAGCACCACUACAACAUCAACUACAACUACAACGACAAUGCAAAUAUCAGCUGUUGCUGUUAGUAGUCUAGCAGCAUACUGUGGUUGUGCAGGAUUCA